AUGUGGAACAAAUACUGCAAGAGAUUCAGACCAACUGUGGUGCAAUGGAAAAAAGGUUCUCAGACUUGGAAGCUAAUGUUACAAUCAAGGGAUGAUAUGGGGCAUAGUAUUUGGUGGGAACCAAGGAAUGGAUCUUCAUCAACAUGGUUUGAUAAUUGGUCUAAACUUGGCGCUUUACAUGAUUUUUUACCACACCAGGAGCAGAAUAAUGAGAUAGGAGAUGAUCUAGAAGAUUUGAUAGACAAUAGUCAUUGGAAUUAUCCCAAAAUGCAGGAUGUAUUUUCAGCAGAUAUAGUAGAGCAUGUUAGAAAUGAAUUGGGCCAUUUUCAGAGAUCUAAUGAAACAUCUAAGCCAUGGUGGAUACAUACAAGCUCUGGGAAAUUUACAGUUAAGAGUGCAUGGGAGAAGUUGAGACAAAGACAACAAAGAUCACAGGUUUAUGAGAACUUCUGGUUAAAAGGAUUACCAUACAAAAUUUCUAUGUUCUUAUGGAGAGUAUGGUUUUGGAAGUUACCUAUAGAUGAAGUUCUGCAGAAAAUGAAUAUCAGUAUAGUCUCAAGAUGUUGGUGCUGUCAUAUCAAACAGACAGUUUUGAUAUGGUGGAAUUUUAAUACUGUGGCUAGACUGAAAGCUUUAUAUCAGGCCAUUCCUGCAUUAGUUAUGUGGCAGUUAUGGAAAAGUAGGAACACAAGAAGACAUGAAGGCUUAGUUUCUUAUGUUAAGGCGAUUCAUGAGAUCAAUAGAAAUAUCUACAUGUUGGCUCAAUACAGGUAUCCUUGGUUGCAGAAUAUGCCAAAACUGUGGCCUUUGAUGGUUGAGCUGUUGGAGAAUUAUAGGAAUCCCUUAACUUAUAAACAGGUGAAGUGGAAAUUUUCUAGAAAUGGACACUUUAAAUGCAACACUGAUGGUGCAUCAAGAGGAAAUCCAGGUCCCAGUUUUGCAACUUUUUGUGUAAGAAACAGUUCAGGAGAUUUCCUACAUGUUAUGGCAAGGGUGUUACCAGAUACAACAAAUCUUGUUGCUGAGGCUGUGGCCAUUGAGCAAGGCAUUAAGUACUGUAUUUCACAUGAUUUGCUGCCAGUAAUUAUAGAAACAGAUUCAUUAUCAAUGCAGAAGAUUUUAGAUAGUAUAUGGAAGGUGCCUUGGAGUAUAUCUUUAACAAUUAGGAGCAUCCAAAGGUGGAGAAAGGACAAGGAUGUCACAGUGGAGCAUGUAUUGAGAGAAGGUACAAUUCAAUAUGAUCAUUUUCAGGAUAUACCAUCUCAAGGAAGGAGGCUCAUCAACAUGGACAAGAGUCAAAUGCCAAAUCUCAAGAUUAGAUCAGCUAGCACUCAGGAAAUCAAAAGCCAUAACAGCAGCAACAGGUCAUAA